CUUCCUGCGGUGCGGGGGACAGGGCGCCGGUUUCCGGUGGCUGACAGGAGUCGCAGCCCGCCGCUGCCUCCUCCGGCGCGGAGUACCACACACCCCCACACACACCGCGGGGAGGAGGAGGAGGAAGAGGGCGGAGGGAGCAGAGCAGCCCCCAGCCCCCGAGCGUAUCGCCCUGAUCCCCCCCAUGCAGUACGGGCAAUAUAGCACGGCUCCCCGCCCCGCGCUCCCACGGACAGGCACCUGCAGGCGAGAAGUAAAUAUGAGCUUGGCAACACAUGACUAUCAGUGCCAGGACACUGUGAUCUGAAUUGUCUUCAGCUGACUUCCCAGCGGCCAGGCGCUGUUCAUCCUGUACCAUGGAGGACUGCCUUCACACCUCAUCUGAAAAUCUCUCCAAGCUGGUGAGCUGGGCCCACAGCCAUGGGACCAUCUGCAGCCUCAUCCCCAACCUCAAGCACCUCCUUUCCGAGGGGGCCCAUGGCAACCUGACUGCCAUGUGGGGCUGUAGUGCUGGCCAUGCCUACCACUGGCCCCUAGCCGCCACUUGCCGGGCUGGCUCCCAGGAGCGUGUCUGCUUCCAGGACAGCCGCAGCUUUAACUCGGACAGCCCCAGCAUGCUGGGGGUGCCAUCAGAGGCUCAGGCUAGCCCCCUGGAGCGCUAUCCAGGCCGGCCAGUGAAGGCCAAGCUGGAUUGCACCCGCACUCGUGACUCCUGCGACUUCUCCUACUGCAGCGAGCCGUCAGAGCUGGGCGAGCCUGUGGAGGAGUACGAGGAUGAGGCCACCCUCUUCGACAUGGUGUGUGAGUCCUCUGUCACCGACGAGGACAGUGACUUUGAGCCACACCCCCACCGUGCUUCCACCGGCCCCCGCAAGCGGCCGGCUGCCGCGGCCCAGGCCCAGGCGCAGCCUGCCGACGAGGGUGGCGGUGACGUGCUCCUCAAGAAGAUAAAGCAGGAGCUCCCUGAGGACUAUUAUAUAGUGGCCAACGCGGAGCUGACGGCUGGCGCCGAUGGGCCGGCCCUGGCCCUGACACAGAUGUCCAAGCCCAAGCCACAGCCCCCGGCUGGGCCCUCGUGCCUGGGACCCAGCAGAACCGUGCCCCAGCCGGGCGCGGGCCCCGAGCCCGACCCGCAGCGCCCCUGCGCCUCCCCGCCCGGCCCGCCCCGCCUGGCUGCGCAGCGGCCGCCCCGGGGACCCCUGGCUUCCCCAGCCUGGGGGGCAGGCGGUGGCCCCAUGGCUGCCCUGCAGGUACCAGCCACCAGCUCCAAUGCCAUCACCACCCCUGAGAAACCCAUCAGCAUCCCCCUCUCAGCCCUGCAGCUGCCUGGUCAGGAGGAGCCGCCGGUGGCUGCUGAGGAGACCCUCCCGUCCAUCCCACACCUGGUCCCAGGUGGUGAGGUGGCCGGCUCACCCUCAGUGGGCACUGAGCCUGAGGUCAGCUCCAGCCAGCAGCAGCCCCACGCAGCACCCACCAUCACCCCUGAGGCAGCAGCGCAGCUGAUGCCAGACCAGGAUGAGAAAGCAGCCGAGCUCAGCAGGGAGCAGAAUGAGAAGACCAUUCGCAGCACUCAGACGGCUCUCCGCAAUUUCCGAGAAUUCCUCAUUUCCAAGUACCCAUCUGAGACCCGUGAGAUCUAUGUCAUCCCCUGCAUAGAGCUUGAUGCGUAUCUUGCAUCCUUCUUUGUGGAUGCCAGACAAAAGGAUGGGUCUGAAUAUGAGCCAAACAGUCUGGCCAACUAUCAGUGUGGACUGGAGCGGUAUCUCAAAGAGCACAGGUAUGGAUACAGUAUUACAAGGGAUAAGGAAUUCAAGAGGUCCCAGGAAGCUCUAAAGCAAAAGCAAAUAGAGCUGAGGUGUAAAGGCAAAGGAAACAAGCCACACAAAUCCAUGAAGCUCACCUUUGCUGAUGAGCUUAUCCUGCGCAAAAGAGGCUUAUUGAGCAGGUACAAUCCUGAAGGGCUUCUGAACCUAGUAUGGCUGAACAACACUAAGGCGUUUGGACACUGUACGGGUUUCCAUGGGUCCACCCUCAAGUGGGGAGAUAUCCGGCUGCGGGUGACAGAGACUGGGUUGGAGUACCUGGAGUGGAUGGGGCCAGACAAUGGGGAUGUGAGUACCAAGAGCAAGAGAGGAGGGACAGACUCGCGGGUGUACGCCACACAGCACUCCCCACAGACCUGCCCCGUGCAGGACUACAAGGAGUACGCCCAGCGGCGCCCUCCAGCCAUGCGCUAUGAGGAUGCGCCUUUUUACCUGUCCAUCAAGCCUGUUGUCAACUUGGCUGCACUUCACUGGUACAAUUGCCAAGCCCUGGGGAAAAACAAGCUUGCCAAGAUGGUGAAGACAAUGUGUGAGAAAGGGAACAUCCCUGGCCGCAAGACCAACUUCAGUGUCUACCAGAGCUGCAGCACCCUCUCAGAAGCUCAGAGCAACCAGCUGGUGCUGAUCUGCAAUAACUUGGGCCAGCAGGCUGCCCAGUCCAUGGCAAGCCACUCCAAUACUGGCAACUUUAUAGUGUCAGCAUCCUAUGACUCGUCAUCUGACACGGCUUGAAAGAACAGUGAACACUUUUUUUUCUUUUCCUUUUUGUUUCAAGCAUUGAAUUUGUGGUCAAUAAUACACAUCAGCUGUGAUUGUACACUAUUCCCCCUCAGCCCCCUCUCCAGUGUUAAUUCACUUUAUAAGAAUAUAUAAACAUAUAAUAUAUUUUUCUUUCUACAAAUAAGUCAACAGAAAUAGUUUAGUAUUACUAACAGUAUUUAUAAUGUUAAUGCAAAAAUGAAAGGUACUUGUGGGUUAUAAUACAAAUGCAGAUUUUAAAAGGAUAAAAAUGGUUCUCAGGAAACACAAGAUAGACUGAAAACACCAUUUUUAACAUGCACAUAUUAAUGAGAGUAAAUCCCCAGGGAGGCUUACAUAACAAUUCUGUUCUAAAGCAUUUUUUCAACUUAGUAUUGUAACAUGACCUCCCACAGUGGAGGAGACAAACUUAACAUUGGCCGCUGCUUCUUACCUGCUAGCUUAUUCUUGAUCAGCAAGAUCAAGAAAUAGGAAAUACAUAAAUGUAAGUUCAGAAAAUAAUUUACAGCAUUUUUUGGUCUGUUUUUAUUAUGUUUCCUGAGGCUCAUUUACACAACAAAAAUCCUGAAGUCACCUAAAUGCCAUUUUUAACUUUUGCGUAUGUUGAUUUUUUGGGAUCAAAAUGUUGCUGGUGUUUAGGCUAAAAAGUAUUGUUUUCAACAGUAUGCAAAAGUAUAAUGGCAAAACCAUUGUCACACAUGAUUUUACCUCUUUAAGCAUAGGUUGUUAGUAUUUUAUCAGUAUGUGUAUGUAAUGUAAAAUCUAUUGACAUAGAGCACUCUUUCAGUAUUCUGGAAAACCAACUGUACAGAAGAAUCUGCUAUCUUAUCCCAGCUGUACAGAAAAAUAGCAUCAACUGUAUCUUAAGCCAUCAUUUGAAAUCCACAAAACAAUAGAGAAUGUAAUGAUAUUGCUACAGAAAUUUUUAAAGAAAUUCUACAAAGAGGUAAAAAGCUGGAUAAGUUUAAGUGCUGGAGUAUAAAUUUAAUUUAGGUACAUGUCAUCGGUUUCCAUUGCAGAUGAUGGAAAAUAUACAUGUGAAUCUGAAGGCAAAAUUUGGACCUUAAAGCCUUGAAAUAACAAGUUCUGCUGUUCUGCUACACUACUUUGUAGUGUAGUUGUUCACUACAAGUAUGGGAAAAGCACCAACAAACUCACUAUUUCAGUGAACAGUUAUAAUUCUUGACACUUAAAAUUAGGAACAGUACUUUUCGAGUAAAGAGAAGUUUAAGCUCCCUAAGGAACUUCCCCAAGCACAGCUAGUGCUGUGGUGAGGCUUUAGACAAGUCUGCUGAGGUAAUUGAGUGCCUACUGAAGUCAAUGAAAAAGACAACCUUGGCUGACUUCUGCUGGGUAUUGGACCAAACAGCCUUUGGAGAGGCUUUCUUGUUUUGCAGUUUUUAAUUGUUGUGUUUCUUUAUGCUUUUUUGUCAGUAUUUCUUCACAUUCCUGUGUAUCCUUCAAAUUCUUUAGAUCUGCAACUGUGCAAUGACUUUAAUAAUCACUAAUUCCAAAGAAGAGCUGAAAGAAAGGUAACAAAUAGAAAUAGAAGUAAGCCACCUAGUACCUAUAACCUUUUUUUUUUCUGUGUUCCUAGGAUGAAAUAUUCCUGUGUGAGAGGGAGGUGGCAGAGUGUCUGCACCUCACUUAAGCCUUACUGAAGGUAUGUUUUGGGGAUGAAAUAGGUAGCAGAUGUGGCACUGAAAAGUCUAAAGGUAGAGAUUUCCACUAUAAUAAAUAUCUGUCCUCCCGGGAAGCUUUAUGCAGGUGACACAACCUGGCUGUGAUCUCUUUUUUCCACAUGUAGCAAGGCUGGUAAAAAGUCUGGUUUCCUGUGUCUGACACUCCAUGUUAGUGUUGCCACCAAUUCUACAGUCUUCCAUUUGCCAUCCGCUGUGUCUCAGGGUAGGUACUGGAUUAGUGGGCACAAGCAGUUGUUCAUAUUAUAGAGCCCUCCUUUUGUAACUUGGCUUUGGGUCUUGAGGCCAAAUUAUGACUCUGCUGAAGUGAUGGCAAGGCAUGUAUGUGACUUGCAGUGCCAUGGCAUAUCUGACUUGUCAGUGAAGGAGACAGAAACACAGAUUUCAAGUGAAGCCAGAAAGACAGUUGCCCAGUUUCCAGAUGAGGCCAGACAUCUGAUUGCUCUUUGUACUGCCUUGCCUUUUCACAACAGUGCUUUUAGUGUGAUACAGUGACAAAUAGUUUUGCAAGACAGGUGUUGUUCUGGGAUUUCUUAACAGGUUUCCUCUGAGGACUCAUGGAGCUUAGUAUGUGCUGGAGUGUGAGCAUUCGGUGCCAAAGAUCUUUCUCAAAGUACCAGGUGAGGAGAGCUCGACCAUAGAGUUGACCUCUAGGGAAGUCUGGAUUCUGUUUCUCCCCUCCAGUACUCAUCUCAACACUUCCCAGUGACAGCUAUUGCAGUAUCUGACAUAGUUCCCUGUAUUUCCUUUCCUGUUCUGCAGUGAGGAGAUGGGUAUCAGCUGGCCUUUGUGGGGCAGCAGAUCUCUGUUUCCCACCUCUCCUCCCCUGCCCAGCCCACCCCUUUACUCUGAGGAGGCUGGUCCCUGGCUGGGCACGUGCUGUGCUGCAAGCAGCUCUUUGAAGUGUUGCUUCACAUCAGUGCUUUAAUUCAGCCUCAACACAAAGAAGACUGGCACUUCUGGGUUUUGAGCUGAGAGGUCAAAAGAAGCAUUUCCCAUUACUUUUUAACUCUACAUGCUGCCUAAAUUGUUGAUUACCACAGUAUUAGGAUGAUUUGUGCUGAUGUCCAGCAGCAGUGAGGCCACAUCUCUUGUACCUUGACUUUAGCAGGGCACAUGAGCAACCUUUGCUUGUCUGGUUAGGGGAUUAGCACUGGAGUGUGUGUACUUAUUGUGAUAGCCUCAGUAUUACCAUGAGGGAGGCCAGGGCCCAACUUUAAUUAAAUCUGGUCAAGGACACCAAGGACAACAAGAAGGAUGUCUGCAAAUACCUCAAUAACAAAAGGAAAAGAAAGGAUAAUAUGGGCCUAUUACUAAAUGAAGGAGGGGCCCUGGUAACAGAGGACGUAGAGAAGGCAGCAUUACUGAGCACUGCCUUUGCAAUGGUCUUCACUGGCAACACCAGCGCUCAGGGAUCUCUGUCCCAGGAAGCCAGAGUAAAGGAAUGUUAGAAGGGAGGUCAAGGAGGGAGAAAUGUUGAAGACAUCCAGAAGUCCAUGGACCCUAACGGGAUGCAUCCACAAGUGCUUAGAAAUGUGGUGGACCCCACAGCUGAGGCUACUCAUGAUCACCUUUGAAAGGUCAUGGAGAGGUGCCUGCAGAUCAAAGAAAGCAAAUGUCACCCCAGUGCUCAAAAGGAAAAAAGAGAGCCCAGGAAAUUACUGGCUGAUUAACCACACCCCAAUCCCUGGAAAGGUGAGGAAAUGCCUCAUUCUGGAGGCCACUUCUAUCCACAGAAAAAGGUGAUCAGGAUAGUCAGCAUGGAUUCACUAAAAGCAAAUCAUGCUUGACGAACCUGAUUUGCCUUUUACAAUUAAACAACUAUGUGAAUGGAUGAGGGGAGCGCAGCAAUCUUGUCUACCUCAACUUCAGUGAGGCUUUUGACACUGUCUCUCACAGGCAAACUCAGAAAGAGUGAAUGAAUGGGAGGAUGGGGAGGUUGAUUGAGAACUGGCUGAACAGCAGAUCCCAGAUCUGUGGCACAGUGGCACAGGCUCAGGAGGCCUGUUCCUAGUGGUGUCUCCCAUGGUCCAAUAGUGGGCCCAGUCUUGUUUAACUUAUCCAUCAAUGACUUGGAUGAAGGGGCAGAGGCCUCCUCAGCAAUUUCACUGACAACACAAAGCUGGGAGGAGUGGCUGAUACCCCAGUGGCUGAUACUCCAUGUACCCCAGGUCCUUCAGAAGGACCUUGACAGCCUGGAGAGAUGGGCACAGAGGAACCCUCUGAAAUUCAGCAAAGGCAAAUGCAGGAUCCUGCACCUGGGGAGGAACAACCCCAGGCACCAGCACAGCCUGGGGUGACCUGCUGGGAAGCAGCUCUGUGGAGAAGGAACCAGGUGGACAACAAGCUCUCCAUGAGCCAGCAGUGCCCUGGUGGCCAAGAAGGCCAGUGGUAUCCUAGGCUGUAUUAUGAAGAGCACUGCCAGCAGGUUGAGGCAGGUGAUCCUGCCCCUCUACUCAGCCCUGGUGAAGCCUCACCUGGAAUGCUGUGUCCAGUUCUGGGCUCCUUAAUACAAAAGAGACAUGAAGCUCUGGAGUAGGUCCAGGGGAGGGCAACAAAGAUGAUUAAGGCACUGGGGCAUCUCUCUAAUCACACACUGGAACAGAUUGCCCCGAGAAGACUCACCCUCUCUGGAGAUACUUGAAAAUUAUGUGCAAAACAAUCCUGUGUUGUGUGCUUUAGUAUGACCCUGCUUGAACAGGGAGCUUGAAACAGGUAACACACUGUGGUUCCUUCCAACCUUACCCAUACUCUGAUUCUGUGAUUAUAGGAAUAGUUUUGUUCUGCUUUGUGAUGUCUGUAGUAACUCCAGCACUGCUGAUGACAGGUUGCCUGGUAAGUUCUGGUGAGGCAGUCCCACACAGACUACUUGCUGAAGAAGUUAAACACAUAUGGACAAAAUAUAAUACUCAAGUAAUAUACUACAAAAAUAAGAUUACUAGUUUUGAAGGGCAUUUAAUACAACCUAUUAUUCAGUCUUUAUUUGUGAACAGUUAAAGGAAUUAAGUGAACCCCGUUUAUCUAAUUACCAUUUGUAUUAAGGCUGUGAAAGGUAAUUAACUGUCUGGGAGGGAGUCUUGGUGGGUUUGAACUGCUCUGGUGGUUUUGUCUAAUACUGGUAUCAUAACUCUUUAUUUUAGGCGAAAGAGGACAACUCAAAGUUUUUUGCAGUUUUGACUGAGGGUAUCACACCUGCUUUGGCAGCAAGUUGCAAGCUCACAGCGAUGGUGUGCAGUUUCCCUGGUGCUAAGAUACAGCAGUGUGGCCAGGGACUAGUGCUGCCAAGUCUUACCUUCCUGUCCAUCUGCCUAAACAAAGAAUGAUGGUUUACAGCCUUGGCUCUUGUUACUGAGAACCUCUUACCAUGAACUCAAGGGCAGCUGGCAAAACAGUGUCCUGCUCCUGUCCAGAACAGGCUGUAUGAUGGUACUUGGGUGCAGUGGCUACAGUGAGGUACUGCAGGUGGGUGGCUGCACUCCUGCCUACAUCAUACUCUGAAGUAAAAGCUGAGCUUUUGCCCCAUAGUGAGGCUGUGAUUUCCCUAAGAUGAAGAUAGCUGGCUCCAAAAUGGGGCUUGCUUUUCUCUUUUCUUUUUCCUUCCUUUUUUUUAAUGCCACUCUCCUUUCUUUGACUUGAUGUUAGAUCUCAUCAGUGAGUGAUUUCAACUCAGCUCCCCAGCAGAAAACACAGCAAAAAGAAGGGGGAAGUCAGAUAAUUUUCUGUCAAUGUACUGAGCUGAAUCUGCUAAAAAAUUGAGGUGCAGACCCUCUUGGGGAGACAGAGGAUGGUGUUUGUCUACCAGCAUCACAGAGUCAUUAGCCUGGCUCAGAUACUUCAUCCCGUUAGAAACCCAUCAAAAGGAUAAUGCAAAUUCUGACUCUUCUGGAUCAUUUGUAGAUAUAUUAGAUGCCUUCAGAAUUAUCUACUGGCUUUGGGGAGAUUUUCUCAGUGCUACCAAGAGCAAAAUUUGGUCUUGAACUUAAGAUAAGAGGCUGAGUGCCAAAGCACAGGCCUACACGGUGCAAAGGGGUCUGCACUAAUCUUAGUGCUGACUUUCCCACAUGGCCUUCUCAGGACACCACAAUAAGAGUCAAACAUGGGGAUUAUAUGUGGAUGUCACUGGACUGAUCUGGAUGCAGCUGUGCACAUUACAUGCAUUUGGAUCUGUUCACAUGAUUGCACAUGUAGGUGGGCAGAGCUGUGGACACUUUGGAUGGUGUAAGCUCUGUUUUUUUAGUCAUCCGUGCAUGUAUUUAUGAUGUUGUGGUUUUGCACAAUGUUACAUGUCUUCAUGCAGUUAAUGGAAACUGAAGUCUGUGAUGCCUGGGUGUCACAAGCAGCUUGUUUUAUUUUCAGAAAUGUAUUUAUGCAACAAAAUGUAUUUUUAAGUUCAGGAGAAUGAAAUACUGUCAUGAACUACACUGUAAACUAAAUUUCAAGAUUACCUAAAAUAACAGGACAUACCGUUCACUUACAUAAUGCAAUAAUUCUGUGAUAGCAGCAUCAGGGCUACUGACAUAGAGGAUAAUCUAACAAUGGAAUCUGUGUCCCUGUUGCAUGUUCUCCUUUAUGAAGAGUAUCAACACUUUCAAGCUCUUUUUAGAAAUUCCUAUGGACUGAUACUCAGUCUCUAUAAAAUCGUUACCCUGUUAGAAAGCUGUGUAGGGAAUGACACACAAGCAGUGUUGUACUGUUGUGUGUUUGUGUCUUAGAUGUUUGUGACCAAAUCUUGUUCUGCUGUUUGUGCAAGUGAUGUGGGGGGUGGUAAGAUGGGGAUCAGAAAGAGCAGGUGCUGUGUCAUUCUAGAGCCCAGGCUGCCCUAAGGACUGAGACAGCUCUAAAGGAAAUUUGAGAUUCCUGUUGCACUAGGUUUCUUCCUGUUCAGCUCAUAUUUUACUUUUUCUUGUUAUCAUGUCUAUGUACAUCCCAUAAGUGAAUUGACUGACCUGGCUAGCACAUGUGAUGCAUGGGCUGAUCAUUUCAUCUGACAGCUGCAAAUGAUUGUGAUUGACUGAUCUGCCCCAACCCAAACAGCUCCACUCCCCUCACCUUUCCUGAUCCUCAGAUAUUCCUCCUUCCUGGUGUCUGCACUGUGGAGCAGGGAGACCAUUUUGUGCAGGGCUGCUCUUAGCUGGGAGCCCUGCCCAUCAAGUGACCUUGUGCUUUGGGGAUAACACGCUCAGGUGGACCACCUCGCGUGGGAUAUGUGGGGUUAUGGGAUACUUUGUGUGAGCACUCUGGAGACUUGCCUCUUGCAUGCUGGAAGCACCCUCCUUCCUCCCUCUCCUGCUUUUUGUGAGAGGCUUUCAAGUCAUGAAGUGAGAUGGAAUUUAUUCCUUUGUGGAGGACCAGGCCCACAUCUGUGUGCUGUGUAGCGCUCCACUGACAUCAUGGACUGACAAAUAGCACUGAGAUGACUGGUCCUCAACAGUAUGCAAAUUCUGGGCUCCCUCAGUCAUGGAGAGGAGUUCAGUUCAUGGUGCGAACAACGGGGCAUUAGGACCCAUCUAGCUCCCUGAACUUCCAGAGGCAGUGUGAACGUGUGUUAAAAAAGAGAACCUACAGGAUGCAGAACUGUCAUUUUGUUUUUCUGAAACGAGCCAGUUCAUCCCUCUGGAUUAGUUUAGAGAAGGAUUUCUCACGAUGAAACAUGGCAGGAAAUGGGUCUGCCCUUUUUAAUGAGGGUUGUUUGCUAAAUGUCACCAUGGUUCUUUGCUGUCCUUGUUCUUAAGGGGCAGGAUGUAUUUUCUCUUAUUUCUCUGCUUUCCUAUGUGGGCUGAAUUCUGCACUCAGGAAGAGUGGAGAGAAGAGACCAUCCAUUGUAAAGCACGGCUGUUUUCCUAGCCAGGAACUUGGUACUAUGCUUUCUGGUGAUGGUCCCCGUGCUGAGCCAUGUCUUGGUGGUUGUGGACACUGUAAUAGCUGGUGUCUUCCAGCUGUCUCUUUGCUCUGUGCAGAGCCAGCAUGAAGGUUGCAGCAUGAUUCUCCAAAAACAGAGAGCCCAGGAGCAACUUUUCAAGGACACACCUAUCAGCUGGGCAUCUGCAAGCCAAGAAGGGAGAAAGCCUUAAGCACAUUUAAAUGAAAUUAAAUUUCCAAAGAACAGCAUUGAAAAACACAUGAGGCUGUGCUUGACUUCUUCAAGGGUUUUGGAAAGCUAAGGGCCCCCAGAGUCCCAGGGUUCCACCUCUUUCAGAGGAGUGUAACUACAGCUGGUGAAGGAGUGACCCUUUGGAGGACAAGUUCUUUGAGCCCCCAGUGAGUUGCAUGGUUGCACUGCUUCCAGCUGCACUCCUGCAAACCAGGUUCCAGCCUGUUCCUCCCCACUGCACUAUGACUGGUGCCCUGCAAAGCCCUGUUGCCAUUGUUCUCCAGCACCUUGACUCUUCCUGGAAGCAGCAGAGAGGCAUUUACAGUGGAAAAUCCUGCAAAGCCGUGAAGCCUCACAGCCCAGAGAAACCUAUGAGUUUGUUGAAAAGUUUGACACUAUCCUCUCAAGUGGAACAUAUUUGAAGCAGUGGCAAUGUCUAAAGCUUUAAUUCCUAAACUGAUGUGGGAAAAUACGCAUUUGCCACAAAAUUUUCUUUUUACAUGAACUGAUGGAUCUCUGUCUCAAGAAAUUAAUUUAUUUUCUCUGUUUUCUCACUCAGCUGAUUAAUGGUAGUUGGUAAUGCAUACAAAACUCUAUUUAUUUUAUUAUACAAAUGCCACUAAAUGAGUUGUCUGUGCAUUAAAAAAUGGACUUACUGUUUCAAAGAUAUUAGGAUGCUUUUGGCUAAUCUUUUAUUCUUGUGCUCAGCAUUUAUUAAACAGCAUUUAUUGCUAUCUGAAAAACCAGUACCAUUUCAGAUUUCAAUAUGAUCUUUUGUAAUUAAAAGAGGUUUAUUUCACAGUAUUUAAGGUACUGGUAAGGUAGGUGCUAUCUUUGAAAUUCAGUGGGGUACUUUUAGUUGAAAUGAGAAGAGGUGUUUAGCUCUUUUAAACAAAGCUGUAGGAAUAUGUGAGUUCUUUUUGGUUACUACUGUUUGAUACAGUCUGUAAAUGUCAAUGAAAUAACAUGAGAGUCAAGUGAAGGAAAAAACAUCAAAAAAAUACAAAAUGUUUAGGAAAAAAUAGAAGACUAAGUGCUUUAAAGUAAUUAAUUUAACAGAUACUAUCUUCGCCACUUCAGCUGCUUUUCUUUUUCUUUUUUUUCUUUUUUCCUUUUCCUGCUUUUUUUUCUUUCUUUCUUUCUUUCUUUCUUUUUUUUUUUUUUUUUUUUCUUUUAAUGGACAAAAAACAACUCUCUGACAUGGCUCAUGCCUAGAAUUUUAUCUGCUUUCUGAAAGUUGUAAUCUUGCUGAGACUGCUCUUGUUACCAUUAUAGCAUGUUCUCAGCUGGCCUAGAUCACCUGUAGCGUUAUGGUCUGCUCCACAUUGCUCCUGCUUGCUAGGAUUCCUCUUUCUCUUCUGCUGUCACAUUUAAUUCACUUUCUAUAUGUAAAUUUCCAUCCUGAAAACAAACCGAUGCAGGCAACAUUGCCUGACUACCAUCAGUGGUGGAUAUGGAAGGCAAGGAUCAAAUACUAAAUGGCUUCAAAUUGAUUUUGAUAACUUUUGUGUAUGGAGACAAAUAUCCUAGUGCCUCUAAGGCUAAAGGUGCACUGAACAAUGAUUGCAGUAUCAGUCAUCUUGUGGACACCUUUGUUUUCUGCCUGGUGCCUAUGAUUCAGAUCUUGGAAGCUUUGCCUUCUUCAGGAGCUUUCUCUAUGAGCAGCUUGAAAGACUGGGUUCCUCUGCACAAGGCUGGAUGCAUGGAUGUGAAAUACAGGUGCAGAAGUAUUCAAGGCAUUCAGAGAUGUGCAGACAAAACAUGAAAUGAGAUCUGAAAGCUGUCAGGGGAGGAAAUGGUGAGAACCUGAUUUUGCACCUAUAUAUGGCAGUACCUGCAAGCUGGGUGGUGCUGCUGCCAGAGAGAAUUUGGUGCCACUUCUGCAGAGUGCUGUGAGAAGUGCAUGCCCAUGACUCUGCUUCCACCAAGUUUGCGCUGUUCCUGCAUUUCCUCCCCAGGCGCAUGGCUAGCCUCACUGGAAAUGAGUCUGAGGUGUGCAGGAGAGGACAUCACUUGGCCAUAGUGCUUGUUUUUGUCCAUGUGGCACAUCCAUCUCAGGGUUCAUCUUGAGAUCUGUCCAGGCAGAAGAACUACUCAAUACUGGAAGAAAAAGAAGUAGCAGAAUAUCCAAGUCAAACAAAAAGCAAUGGAAAGGCAGUGGAAAAGCCUGCCAAACACAAUGGAAGUUUUUGUCCUUUUUUUUAAAGAAGGCAAGAGUAAUCCUUAUCCUUUAAUAUCCUACUUUGUUUUAUACCAGAAUUAGAAAAUAUUUUCCAUUUGUUUUAAUUACCUACAGGCUUUAACUCUGUCUUUGAAGAGCAUUUUUGCUGUUACAACCCUUGGUAUAGUGAGCAGUGCUAGGAGAAACAGCUAACACAAGGAUUUUGUCUUUCCCUGCAUGCAAUGUUUAAUCUCUCUAAAUUUUUUAACAUGAAUGUAUUUUUUGCCAUUUUGUAAAUUGACAAGAUUAGCACAGUUUCUUCUAAAACAGCAGCUGAUAAACAUAUUUUGCUUAACUAAAUUUCCACCUAACUGUGAAUUCUCCAUAAUGAUCUAUUUGUUCUUAGAGUUGAACCUCUAAAAGGUUAACACUCACUCAAUGACUGUAACAACUUUUUUUUUAAGAACAGUUUGUAAACUGUUUGUAGGUUUUAAAAUAUAUUUUGUUUAUUAAAAAGAUUACACUAUCUUGCAUAAUAAUAAUAUUAAUAAUAAUUCUAUGCAUUGUGUGAUUCAGUGAUGUUGCUCUUGAAAUUUUGCAUGUCUUCUAGAUGUUCUGACAUUUGUACGUUUACGUGAUACUUGUAAAAAUCCUCAGCCUUGCUGCUAUGAUCACCACCAUUUUAGGUAAGUGAAAAUUGUACUGUGAAGCUGUGCCAGUUAGCAGGAUUUUUGUGUGUCAUACUAAAACUGCAUUUUGCUGAUCAUUUCUUGGUUUAUGCCAGUAUUUAGUGCCUUCUGUAGAAGGAAUCAAUAUGUUGUGGUAGAUGGGAUGUGCCAAAUUUCUAGUAUCUUGUCUGCACAGAUUAUCACUUACCAGCUUGAAGCUUAAAAAAAAAGUAAAAGGAAAAAAAAAAUUAACUCUCCAUCUUUCUUUCAAGUGUCUUCCCAUUGAUUUUAAUUUGGAAAACCUUUAAUAGAGCUGAAAGGAAGCCAUCAUCUCUGUCCACACCUCCUGCACCAGCAGUCUCCCAACUGUGAGGGGUACGAGGGAAUGUGUAGCACCAAAAUGUUCCCAUUGGUAAUGGAUCUAAUGAAUAGCCAGGCCUGCUCAAGUAAUUUUGGAGCAUGCUAAAACACCAUUUGACUAAAGCAGUCCUCUGAUUACCAUAAUAGCUCUCAUAGCAGUUGUGAGCUGGUUCCUGUAAACAAGUGUCAGCCUGGUCAAGUGGUGGAUUCCAGUCUCUGCUCUGCCUCUGUGGAAGUCACACAUUGCUGCCAAAUGAGACUUGGAUGAAAGUCAAGCCCAAGAUUUUUGGUCUCUUUUUUUUCCAACUGCUCCCAUGGCAGCCAAGCCCUGUUUAUCAAAAUUCUGACACUGCAUUUUCUUCUACCCUCUUCCUAAAAUCUAGCAGUAUUGCAAAUGCACACCAAGCAUAUGCUUUUGUUUUGAUCUUUGUAAGAUUCUGACUGGCUGAAAUUGUAUCAUACUGUUCUCAUAAAACAAACAGGCAAGAGGGAAAUGUGAGAUGCUCAGCUCUGGUGGAUUUCCCAGCCACCAGGCAUGGUUCACUGUACCUGGGCUGAUAUUUAAGAUAUUAUUUUGUAUGGAAAAAAGAAGAGGCUGGCCACCAGUUUUCCAUCCCUGUUGAGACAUGAAAGCUAUCUUGAAAAGACUUUUCAAAUCAAAAUAACAAGUUAUGAGAAAAACUGCAUGACUGGGGAAAAUAAGAGUACAUUGAAUUUAUCCUUAGAAGUUUUCAUCUGAAGUCAUCUCUGUCUCCAAGCAGGAAAAUUGACAGCCUUUGUGAUGUAAAACACUUCCAAAAGAUAACAUUUAUGCAAUUUUUUUUCGAUUUUGUUGUUCCUUUUAGUGAUACCCAGGACAUUUUCAAAAGGCGAUAUUAAAGGAUUCAUACAGAAUAUGCUGGAAAUCAUCCUGUCUAGUGAGUUGCAUACUGAUCCUCCAAAACGUGAUGAAUUUAAAACCUUCCACAAGUGAUAGAAUAUUGAGAAGCCUUUUGCAGCACCUCAGUUCUGUCAGGAGGGAAUGGGGCUCUCUUCAGAAAUGUUAGGUCCUAUAAUUGUCCUUUAAAAACUGGAAGCUUCUUCAGACUUGCUUUACCAGACAAGGAGCCAGCUGGGACCAGUUACAGUGUGGUUCUCCAUUGUUUUGGUUCUGUAGUAGCCAUUUACACAUGAAUGUGUGCUUCCAUUAGUAUGAGUGAAGAGUUUUCACUCCACAGAACUCCUCCCUAUGUGGCCCUAAUAUUAAAUAUUUAAGGCAUGGUCUUAUAUCCUAUAUUUUUUCUAUUUGUGAGUAGAUCAGAGUCUCAGUGGUCUCAUUAUUGCACUAAUUGUCUUACCAAUUUGUCUUUCUGACUUCUAUGUCUUGACCUAAUUCGCAGAAAAAAAACCAAAAAACAAAACCCGGAGUCAGAUUCCUGCAACACAGCAGCUGUUUUUUCCACAUCUUCUUCUUUUCCAUUUUGAAGCUAGGUAUAUCUGCAUUAUCUCCAGCUUAGAUUAGAGUCAGAAAAGCCAUCAACAUCCUUUAUUCCCAUUUUGCACACUGGAAAUGCAGUAAGGGUUCUAUAGGUGCAGACCUGAUCUAGCCUGCUGCCUGUGGAAUGUCAGUCUCUAGUUGCAUUUGUUUGCUUUUCACCACAAUUCAUCAGGUUCAAGAUGUAAACUAGAUGAUAUUAAUGAUGUGCUGGUUUAGAUACCGCCUUCCAAUCACAGUGAUUCCUUCAGUGUACAUAUUGUCAGUCCUGUAGUUGCAUUUUGUUUGAUGUACAUUAUAUUGAAGGACCAGUUUUCCUUUUUGCUUUUAAAUAUAGCUUAGCCCGUGCUGCUGAAAGGAUCCAGGAAAGAAUUAUCUAUCCAUACCCCACUGGAAUUUGGGACCUAGCUUUUUUAGAUCUCCUUGCAAGCCCCAGCUGUAAUCAGCUAUUUAAGGCAGAGAUUUUAGUUUGAGGAGUGCUAUGUAUCAUCCACUCCAAAUGCAGUUGCCUGUAAACAGGGCACCUUCUUACACAGAUCCCUCGCUCCUGCAUUACACAGGGCACCUUCUUACACAGAUCCCUUGCUCCUGCAUUUGUGAGAUUAACUGAACAGCAGUUUACUAGGGAGGAAUAAUAUUUUGAUGCAUUUUAAUGGAUUAAGCUCUGCAAAUCUAGAAAUCUGGGGGGAAGCGGAAGAUAACUGGAUAAUUUUCUGAAAAUGUGAGCAAUAUUGUCAACUAGUCCAUUUUCAGUUAACUUUGAUCCCAUUGUCCUCAAAUUACCCUAUUUCUGUACUUGCACAGCAACAGGAGAAAAACAAGCAAAAAGGCUUUGUGUCUGUAAAUUAAGUAGGAUUUAAUAACCUACUUUGAGCCUCAGAUCCCCAGUGGUGUUUCCAGGGCUGGUAAUUCUUUUACUCAUCAGAUGGAUAAGUUUUGACCCAUGUGAAUGUCACAUUGCCAUGCCUGCAGCAUAUUUUCAAGAAGCAAACUUCAUGCAUGGUAAGGUCCUUCACUGAUGAAGACUGAUACGGUCAAAAAGUUGUCUGUCACUUCUGUCACUUAAAAAAAAAGGUUUUUUCUUGUGAUGUAUUUUUCCUCUUCAAGAGACUCCACUAUUUUUAAUGGGGAUAGAGUAAACAAAUGUAUGUUGUACUGUUGUCUGCCACAAUGUCUUCUUGAAAAAUGUUAAGUAUUUGAAUACAGAAGAGCCUUCAAUAAGAAGAAAAUAAAAAGGCUAAGAGUUUUUUUUUUUUUAAGGUGGUAUUUGUCAGUUUUCUCUCUUGCUUCAUUGUCAGGUAAUUAGGCUUUUGAAAAGAAUGGAUUCAGUUUGUGCUAAUUGGAGUAUAACAUUCACUGUUACUGGUCUGUAAAUUCCAGAGAUAUUCUGAUCUUUAUUGCACUUCACCUCCAUUUUUAUUCUCUUAUGAUAAUUUUUAAGAAGUCUGGUUCUGCUGCAUUAGAGAUUGGUUUCAGUGUCUGUACAAUGUUUGCUACUAUUGUAGUGUGACUGUAUUUUUGAUUUUAAAAAUUUGUAUUGGUACAGUCUUAGCUUACAGAAAUAAACACCAUUUACAAUAAA